AUGGCAAAAGAAAGAAAAUUAUCAGAGGUGAACUUAUUUUGUGGGUUCACUGUUCCCUUUCUCUUUGAAGAACAAAGUUCACUAUCAGGCAAUGCUUCGUCUCCACGUUUUGUUCUUUACAAGACGGCUCGGAUUUCUCCUCUCUUGUUGACUUACUACGGACUCUGUCUGGGAAAUGGGCAGUACACUGUGAGUCUCCACUUCGCAGAGAUAAUAUUUACCAGCGACAGUACAUUCUACAGUCUUGGCAGACGAGUGUUCGAUAUUUAUGUUCAGGAGAAGUUGAUGAUCAAAGACUUCAACAUUGAAGAAGCUGCUGGUGGUACGGGCAAGCCAAUCAUAAAAACAUUUGUGGUAAAUGUAACAAAUCACAAUUUGAAGAUCAGCUUGAGGUGGGCUGGCAAAGGGACAACUACGCUUCCAAUUAGAGGAGUUUAUGGCCCAAUGAUCUCUGCUAUAUCAGUUGAACCUAAUUUCAAACCUCCGACGCAUGAUGGCAAGAAGAAUAUCCUACUAAUUGUAGGAAUUGUAGUUGCAGCAGUAAUCUUCAUUUUGGUCAUCAUACUUGUCGUAGUGUUUUGCUUCUGGAGAAGAAGGUCUUACAAAAAUGCCAUGGACAGAGAGCUGAAGGGUUUAGAUCUCCAGACCGGAAAUUUCACUCUUCGACAUAUAAAAGCAGCCACUAAUAACUUUGAUGCAGCCAACAAGAUUGGUGAGGGUGGCUUUGGCUCUGUUAACAAGGGCGAGUUGUCAGAAGGGAGAAUGAUUGCAGUUAAGAAAUUGUCUUCAAAGUCCAAGCAAGGAAGCCGAGAGUUUGUGAAUGAAUUAGGAAUAAUCUCAUCUCUACAACAUCCAAAUCUUGUGAAACUAUAUGGAUGUUGUGUGGAGAAGAAGCAACUGAUAUUGGUCUACGAGUAUCUGGAGAACAACUGUCUAUCUCGUGCUCUAUUUGGAUCGAGACUGCAAUUAGAAUGGCCAACAAGGAAGAAGAUUUGCUUAGGCAUAGCAAGAGGACUAAAAUUUCUCCAUGAAGGUUCUGUGAUCAAGAUUGUGCACAGGGAUAUAAAGGCGAGCAACGUGUUGCUCGAUGAGGAUCUCAACGCAAAAAUUUCUGACUUUGGUUUGGCAAAGCUAAAUGAUGAUGACAACACACACAUCAGAACUCGUAUCGCUGGAACACCAGGAUAUAUGGCUCCGGAAUACGCCAUGCGUGGUUACUUGACUGAAAAAGCUGAUGUUUAUAGCUUUGGCGUUGUUGCCCUUGAAAUUGUCAGUGGAAAGAGUAACUCAAGCGUGAAACCAAGCGAAAACUUGGAGUGCCUUCUUGAUCGGGCUUACGUUUUGCAAGACAUGGGAUGCUUACUAGACCUGGUUGAUCCAGUGCUAGGUUCAGCUUACUCAAAAGAGGAAGCGAUGGUGAUCUUGAACGUGGCGCUAAUGUGCACUAACACGUCCCCGGCGUUAAGGCCAAAAAUGUCGCUGGUCGUGAGUGUCCUCGAGGAAAAGACCGCAAUGAAAAACCUGUUGUCGGACCCAAACUUCUCAGCACUGAACCUGAAGCUGAAGGCUUUAAGGAAAUUCACUUGGCAGAGCGAAGCCUCCACAAGCGGACCUCGUACCACUGAUGACUCUGUUGAUGCGGAGGAGAACACAUUAAAAGACGAAAUAGUAGAAGACCCCGAACUUGAGUGAGAGUAACCCUGCACCAUAUUUGUUUAAGCAAAUGAUAUGACAUUAUGGCCAUAUCCCAAACUUAGUUUCCAGAAGAAAAGAAAAAAAACAAGAAAACUAAAUGUUUGUUGAAAAUAUGGUUACGAAGAUGUUUUUUUU